AUGUCUGUUCCUUUCACCACCAAAACUGUCAGUUUAAGCAAGGGCCCAGACCCAAAGACUUCUAUUCAAACUGAGAGAAAUGCUCAAAAGAUUGACCCUCAAGCUAUGCAUUACUUUUUGGAAGGUUCUAAAGAAAGAGCAGAAUUGCUCAAAUCAUUGACUCAACAGAUGGAAAGAGACCCAAUCUUGUUUACUGACGGGUCCUACUACGACUUGACCAAAGAACAACAAAGAGAAUUGACUGUACUUAAGAUUAACAGAGUUUCAAGAUACUUAGAAAAUGAAACCAUUGAUGUUUUCAACAAGAGGUUAUCUUUGAUUGGUGUUAUCGACCCACAAGUUGGUACCAGAAUGGGUGUUAACUUGGGUUUGUUCCUUUCAUGUAUCAGAGGUAAUGGUACUAAUGAACAAUUAAAGUAUUGGGCUUUGGAUAAGCAUACUGCUCAACUUAGAGGUAUCUAUGGUUGUUUUGGUAUGACUGAGUUGGGUCAUGGUUCAAAUGUUGCCGGUAUUGAAACCACUGCAACUUUUGACAAGGAGAAUGAUGAAUUCAUCAUCAACACUCCACAUAUUGGUGCUACUAAAUGGUGGAUUGGUGGUGCUGCUCACUCAUCCACUCACUGUUCUGUUUAUGCUAGAUUGAUUGUCGAUGGCAAAGAUUAUGGUGUCAAGACCUUUGUUGUUCCAUUGAGAGACGCUAACCAUGACUUGAUGCCAGGUGUUUCCGUUGGUGACAUUGGGGCCAAGAUGGGAAGAGAAGGUAUUGAUAACGGUUGGAUUCAGUUCUCAUCCGUCAGAAUCCCAAGAUUUUUCAUGUUGCAAAAGUUCUGUAAAGUUUCUAGAGAUGGUGAAGUUGUUUUGCCACCAUUGGAACAAUUGUCUUACUCAGCCUUGUUAGGAGGUAGAGUUAUGAUGGUUUUGGAUUCAUACAGAAUGUUGGCUAGAAUGUCCACUAUUGCAUUGAGAUAUGCUAUUGGAAGAAGACAAUUUAAAGGUGACAAUGUUGAUCCAAAUGAUGAAAAUGCUUUGGAAACACAAUUGUUGGACUAUCCAUUGCAUCAAAAGAGGUUAUUCCCAUACUUGGCUGCCGCAUAUGUCAUAUCUGCAGGUGCAUUGAAGGUCGAGAGAACCAUUGAAGAUACCUUGGUGGAAUUGGACAAUGCUGUUGAAAAGGGUGAUAAUGCAAGCAUCAUGAAGUCCAUUGAGGCUAUGAAAUCAUUGUUUGUUGAUUCUGGUUCUUUGAAGGCCACCUCUACCUGGUUAGCUGCUCAAGGUAUUGAUGAAUGUAGACAAUCAUGUGGUGGUCACGGUUACUCAGGCUACAAUGGUUUCGGAAGAGCUUAUAAUGAUUGGGUUGUUCAGUGUACUUGGGAAGGUGACAAUAAUGUUUUGGGUAUGACCACCGGUAAGCCAUUUGUGAAGCACGUUAUGUCUCUUGAAGACACUGGUAAACCAGUCAAGGGAUCAUCAGAUUUCUUGAACCAGUUGAAGGAAUACACUGGCUCUGGAGCCAGCAAGGUUAUCUUGAACGAUGCAAAUGAUAUUCUCGAUCUCAAGAAGUUCAUCAAGUCUUUGGAAGUUGCCAUCAUUAGGUUAUCUUCUGAAACUGCCAAAAUUGUUAGAAAGGAAAAUUUUGAUUUUGUUGGUGCUGAAUUGGUUAACAUUUCUAAAUUGAAUGCUCAUCGUUACGUAUUGACUGAAUAUGUGAGAAGAGUUGAUGCUCAUGAUAACGCAAGCUUGAAACCAUACUUGUAUGACUUGGGUAGAGUAUAUGCUGCCACUGUUGUUUUGGACAAGUUUUCGGGUGUUUAUUUGACAUUCAAUGUUGCAUCCACCAAUGCAAUUACUGACUUGAUUAAGAUUGUUAUUCCAAAAUUGUGCAAGCAAAUCAGACCAAAUGUUGUUGGAUUGACUGAUUCAUUCCAAAUGUCUGACAUGAUGAUCAAUGCUGCUAUUGGUAAAUACGACGGUGAUAUUUACGAAAACUACUUUGAUUUGGUCAAGACCUUGAACCCUCCACGUAACCACAAGGCUCCAUACUCUGCUGCUUUGGAAGCCAUGUUGAACCGUCCAUCACGCGAGGAAAGAGAAAGAUUUGAAAAGAGCGCAGAGACUGCUGAAAUCUUGUCCAAGUAG